UUCUCCACGAUGGAUGUUGGAUGUACAACAAAGCAUUUGGGAUGGACUGCACUUGGAAUUGUCUUGCUUUCGUUGUUGUGGAAUGUAGCAGAUGCGCAGACACGCUACUCUAUUCCAGAGGAGUCCAAGAAAGGCUCUGUUGUUGGGAAUUUAGCGAAGGACCUGAGCAUAAGCUUUUCGGAAAUAUCGAGUAGUAAAUUAAGUAUCGCCUCGGAGAAUGGUAAGCAGUAUUUCAGUAUGGACUUUAAGAAGGGCGAUCUGAUCGUGAAUGAAAGAAUAGACAGAGAAUCGCUGUGUGGGCAAAGCUCGAGUUGUGUCUUGCCAGUUCAAGUGGUGAUAGAAGAGCCACUCCAGCUUUACAGGGUGGAAGUGGAAAUUCAGGACAUUAAUGAUAACUCACCGGAAUUUCAUUCUAACGAGCACACGCUAAACGUGGCUGAAAACACAUUACCGGGAUCUAAGUUUCCUCUAGAAGUAGCGCGUGAUGCAGAUGUCGGUGCAAAUUCAUUGAAAACAUAUGUUUUGAGUAAAAAUGAAUAUUUUUCUUUGAAUAUCAUCACGAAAAAGGAUGGGUCUAAAAUUCCCGAGCUAGUUCUAGACAAAACAGCCGACAGAGAGAAAGAGCAUACGCAUAGUCUUAUUCUAAAAGCGGUUGAUGGAGGGAGUCCUCCCAGAUCUGGCACAACUCAAAUCACCAUUAAGGUGCUCGAUGCAAACGACAACGCGCCAGUUUUUGAAAAAUCGGACUAUGAGAUCAGGGUCAGUGAAAACGCACCGAAUGGAACCAAAGUUUUAACAGUCAGAGCUGUGGAUUUAGAUGAAGGUAUAAACGGUGAGGUGAUAUAUUCGUUUGGCUCGCACACACAAGGAGAGGUUCAGAACAAAUUUAUCAUAGAUCCUCAAACGGGAGAUAUUUUACUGAUCGCGCCCUUAGACUAUGAGGAUGCCAGUUCUUAUCAAUUUGAUGUCAGAGCAACUGAUAAGGGGGUGCCGGUUAUGGAGGGACACAGUCGAGUGCGUAUUGACAUUGUUGACGUUAACGACAACGCACCUGAGGUAGUUUUCACCUCCCCUCCUAAACCCGUCAGAGAAGACGCAGCUAUAGGCACUGUAAUUGCAUUGAUAAGCACAAAAGACGCAGAUGCAGGUGACAAUGGAAAAGUUACGAUUAAGAUGAGCUCUGACUAUCCAUUUAAACUGAAGCCUUCUUUUUCAGACCAUUACGCUUUGGUUACAGAUGCGAAAUUAAACCGAGAAGAAGUGCAAGAAUAUAAUAUAGAACUUAUAGCCGUUGACUCGGGUUCCCCUCCUCUUUCCUCAAACGCAAAAGUGAGAGUUAGUAUUUUAGACGUUAACGACAAUCCACCGUCCUUCACUCAGCCUUCCUACACCGUCUAUGUCAAAGAGAACAGUGAGCCUGGGAAAAUCAUAGCUGAUGUUUCCGCAAUUGACCCAGACACGGGAGAGAAUGCAAAGGUGUCCUACUCCAUACUGGACUCAAAAGCGCAAGACGUGACGGCCUCUUCGCAUGUUUACAUUAACUCGGAUAACGGCAGCAUCUUCAGCCUGCAUUCAUUUGAUUAUGAGAGGCUGAGCGUGUUUCAGAUUCGGGUGCAGGCGUCAGACCAAGGCUCUCCCUCGCUGAGCAGCAAUGUCACGGUUCACGUCUUUAUACUUGAUGAGAAUGACAAUGCGCCUGCUAUCAUAUACCCGUCUACGGCAAUGGGAUCGCUCUCACACCAGAAAAUACCCCGCUCCGCUAAAGCAGGUCACCUUGUUACUAAAGUGACAGCUGUGGACGCAGACUCGGGUCACAACGCGUGGAUGUCUUACAAGUUGGCAGAGGCUACAGACGAGUCUCUGUUCAGUGUGAAUGUUUACACGGGAGAGGUGAGGACUAGACGCGCUGUUUCAGAGGAGGACGACUCCACUCAGACACUGCUGGUGGAGAUUAGAGACAACGGGGUUCCGUCCCAGUCCGCUACUGCUACCGUGUCCGUAUUGUUAGAGGACGGGACCCACGAACCCAUUCUGGACCUCCAGCUGACAUCGCCAGAGCCGAACAAGAAAACUGGGAGAAUUACUUUUUAUUUAAUUGUCUCUCUGGCCGCAGUGUCCGUCUUGUCUCUGGUUACAUUUUUUGUCUUGCUAGUAAGAUGUGCGCGGCACAGCAGCAGUCAUUCCGCCUGCUGCAUGAGACGCAUGGACUCGGAUGACUUCAGAGCCAGGAACCUGCAGCUGCAGCUGAACUCAGACGGGCCUAUUAAAUAUGUGGAGGUGCUGGGAGGGGACAUGUUGUCUCAUAGCCAGUCCUUCAGGUCCUGUCUCUCUCCCCUGUCGGAGUUCAGUGACUUCACCCUCGUUAAGCCCAGCAGCACUCUUGACUUUAAGGACAUGAUCAGCGUGUUAGAUGCGUCUCUGCCUGACAACGCCUGGACUUUUGAGAGUCAACAGAAAUCGUUUGUGUUUAGUAUCCAGGACGUUAACGACAACCCCCCAGCUUUCACACAGCCCGUGUACACAGUUUAUUUGGACGAGAAUUCUGCAGCAGGGAAAAUUGUGACUUCAGUCUCUGCUGUUGAUCCAGACACGGGAGAAAAUGCCAAAGUCUCCUAUUCUGUCUUGGACACUAAAGAGAAUGAUGUGCCCAUCUCUUCCUAUGUUUACAUUAACUCUGAUAACGGCAGCAUCUAUAGCAUGCACUCGUUUGACUAUGAAAAUCUUAAAGCCUUUCACAUUCGAGUGCAAGCGUCAGACCAUGGCAACCCAUCUCUAAGCAGCAAUGCCACUGUCCAUGUUUUUAUUGUGGAUCAAAACGACAAUGCGCCCACUGUCAUUUACCCAUCUGGGCCCAUGGGUUCGCUCUCUCACCAGAAAAUACCCCGCUCCGCUAAAGCAGGUCACCUUGUUACUAAAGUGACAGCUGUGGACGCGGACGCGGGUCACAACGCGUGGAUGUCUUACAAGUUGGCAGAGGCUACAGACGAGUCUCUGUUCAGUGUGAAUGUUUACACGGGAGAGGUGAGGACUAGACGCGCUGUUUCAGAGGAGGACGACUCCGCUCAGACACUGCUGGUGGAGAUUAGAGACAACGGGGUUCCGGCCCAGUCCGCUACUGCUACCGUGUCCGUACUGUUAGAGGACGGGACCCACGAACCCGUGUCAGAUCUCCGGCAAAAAGAUCCGGAGCCAAUCAGGAAAAAUGGACGAAUAGCCUUUUAUUUGAUUUUGUCUCUGGCCUCCGUGUCAGUGCUAUCUUUGAUCACCUGUCUGGUCUUAGUGGUGAAAUGUGCUCGAAGCGCCAGACGUGGUUCCGCCUGCUGCAUGAGACGCAUGGACUCGGAUGACUUCAGAGCCAGGAACCUGCAGCUGCAGCUGAACUCAGACGGGCCUAUUAAAUAUGUGGAGGUGCUGGGAGGGGACAUGUUGUCUCAUAGCCAGUCCUUCAGGUCCUGUCUGUCUCCCCUGUCGGAGUUCAGUGAUUUCACCCUCGUUAAGCCCAGCAGCACUCUUGACUUUAAGGACAUGAUCAGCGUGUUAGAUGCGUCUUUGCCUGACAACGCCUGGACUUUUGAGAGUCAACAGGUGAGACAGUAA